AUGCAAAUAUCGAUUCACCUCGUCCCGCCCGGUCCCGGUGAGCGCGGUAAACGGGGAUUAUUCGAAAAUAAAAAAAAAACCAGGGAGGGAAAAAAAACGCAAAUCGCCGGCAAGUGUCGUCGCGUGUCGGAUUCUGGCGGUUUCUGCGAGAGGGCGCCCGCCGCUCGGCGGCAAGGCAACAUCUGGAGGGCGCGCUGCGCUCGCGUCGGAGGGGCGCGCGCGGGGACCCCGUGUUCCGGGCGCAACGCGCGCCAGUCCCCGAGACACCGGCCGCGCGAACGGCCACCGCGACCCGCCAACGCUCCGCGAACAUCCGCGACCCGCUCCCGCUCCGCUCGCAACCAGCGGCGUACGCACCCCGCUUUGCACACAUGUGAGUCUCCACAACGCCGCUUCCGCCCCCGCGACCACUCCGCCGCGCCCUUACCGCCCGCCGCCGCCGCCGCCGCCGCCGGCCGGCACCGCGAC